AUAAAAAAUUUCUUGUUACCAAAGCCACAAUAGUGUAUAUAUAUGUCACUCUCCGGCUCGCAAAGCUUUUAAAGUGGCUAACGGGUCGCUAACGCUAGCCGUGCAGCUCUCUCCAUUUUCCGUUCCGAAGAAGAAGCUUCGUUUCCCAUUAGGGUUAGGGUUUCAGUGUUUUCUCUUCGUAUAGCUGCCACGCCUUCUUUUGUCGUUUCGCUCCGAGAGCUAUGGAGUCUGCUCUAGUGAUCAAGGUGAAAUAUGGGGAUACCCUCAGGCGCUUCACUGCCCGUGUGGACGAGAUUAAUCGACUGGAUCUCGACAUGGUUGGGUUGAGACAGAAGAUAUGUUCUAUCUUCGGUUUCAGUGCUGAUGCAAAUUUAGUUCUGAGAUAUGUUGAUGAAGAUGGCGACUUGGUGACUCUGGUUGAUGAUGAUGAUUUGCGUGAUGUGAUGAGGCAGCAAUUGAAAUUCUUGAAAAUUGAGGUACUUAUGAGCAAUGAUGGUGGUGCUAAAUCAACUGCGUGGUCUACUGGAAGUACCACUCCCUUAAAAUCUCCUUCUGUCACAAACCCACGUCUGGGUAGAAAUACUAUAUUACACGAGGCUCUGUCUAAAUUGUCACUUUCAAAAGCGGCAUCUUCAACUCCCGUGGUUGAUAAUAUUGCCAAUUCAAUAUUGAAAAUAGGACAAUCGGUUCUAAAUUCUCAUUUCCAGCCUCGUGAUGCAGCUGAUACAAUUUCAAAAACGGGUGUUCCUGAAGAACAUACCACUUCUAAGGCAAAAGGUUCUCAAUCUUCAUAUGUGGACUCGGCCUCCAAUUCUACUGUCCAUGGUGAGAGUGCCAAUCCCUUAAGAUUUCCUGUUUCAAACCCAUCUCUGAGCCCAAAUGCAGAUAAAGUUGACAUUUCAUCUCCUGUGCCUGAUCCAGUACGUGAGCUUGUUUCCAAUUUAUUGUAUCCAAAUGCUGCAUCUUCUAGUCAGCUGCCUGUUAAUCUUGCUGAUUUAAUUUCCCUAGUGGGACAUUCUGUUCUAAAUUCUUAUUGCCAGCCUCAUGUUUCAACUGGUCCAUUCUCUAAAAAUGGUGUUCCUGAAGAACCUCUCUCUGGUGAAGUCAGAGAUCUACAGAUGCCAUCUGUGGACUUGGCUUCCAAUGCCACUCAACAUGUGGAGGCUGAAAACCUAAUUAGAGAUACAGCCUCUGCUUCUAAUGCCAAUCCACAUUGUGAAACAAGAACUCUACGGAUGCCAUCUGUAGAUUUGGCUUCUAAUGCCACUCAACAGGUAGAGACUGAAAACAUAAUUAGAGAUGUUGCCAGUCAACAUUUGGAAGCUGGGAAUGUAAUCAGUGCAACAACAGCUGCGGAAGUUGCAACAGUUGAUCUCAAUAUCCCUCCUUGUGAUCCUUAUUCAUCUCAGUCCACAAAUGUGAAUAAGGGUCCACUUUCAUCAGAAGUCCCUGAUGGUGAUCGCAGGAAGGGUAAAAUGUCAACUGUCUAUAGUUCUGCUGGUAAGGUUGACAGCAGUGGUACAUCAUCAAGUCUUCCUGGUCCUAGUAAUGACAGUUCAACCCAGAAUACUUCAUUGAAGGCUGGUGUUUUCUUUGAAUGUCCAUUUUCUGGGUCAUAUAUUAAUUCUUGGACACCACAUUUUGGAAACUCUCAAAUGCCCCCAUUUAAAAGGAGCCAUCCUCACACUGAGGCAAUGACUGGUAUGUUCCACAAAGGCGUGCGUUGUGAUGGUUGUGGUGUCUAUCCAAUAACUGGACCUCGGUUCAAAUCCAAAGUGAAGGAAAAUUAUGAUCUCUGCCACAUUUGUUACAACGAAAUGGGUAAUGGGACAGAUUAUAUCAGAAUGGACCGCCCGGCAUCUGCUCGUUUCCCUCGAUGUGUAUAUGAGCAAUCCAAAAACUUUCCAACAUUACCGCCACAUACUUUUAAGAAAAGUUCCAUUUUGAAGCAUGGAAGACCAAAGUUAGAUAGUCGGUUCAUUUUGGAUGUCAAUGUGCUAGACGGUACGAUGAUGGCUCCAUCUACUGCAUUUACAAAGAUCUGGCGGAUGCGCAAUAAUGGCACUGUAGCGUGGCCCAAGGGAACUAAACUUGUUUGGAUUGGAGGAGACAAGUUUAGUGACUCUCAUUCAGUUGACUUAGAGGAUGGUGUCCCUAUCGAGAAGGAGCUUGACAUUGCAGUUGACUUUAUAGCACCACGGAUACCUGGUCGAUACACAUCAUACUGGAGGUUGGCAACUUCAUCUGGACAUAAAUUUGGCCAACGUGUUUGGGUCCUUGUACAGGUUGAUGCCUCUCUCAAGGACUCAUUUUAUGAUAACUCUCAAGGAUUGAACUUGAAUAUUCCACUUGAUGUCAGUGGAUCUGAAGGACCUCUGCUUAUAGAUAUCAAUGUUAGGCCUGCCGAGGAUGAUACUUUUCUUCAAACCCGCAUUCCUAAUGCUCCGAUUCAACCUGCGGAACAGGUUGAUGAGGAACCAAGAUUGGAACUGGAAAAGGAAUUCCCUAUAAAUGAAGCUACAUUUGUUGGCCCUUCUGCCUCAGCCCCUGCUGCCUCAGCCCCUGUUGCAACCUCCCUUGCACCUUCAUCAAUCUCUUAUCCUAUUAUUGAUUUAUCUGAAACAACCCCUGCUGUUCCCUCUAAUCAGCAAUCCUCCACUGUGGAUGUACCAUCAUCAUCUGUUGUAGGGACCGGUGGAAUUAACCCUGUGGAGGAGAGUCUACUUAAAGAACUUGAGGCGAUGGGUUUUAAGCAGGUUGAUUUGAACAAAGAGGUCUUGAGGAUGAAUGAGUAUGAUCUGGAGCGAUCCAUAGACGAUCUAUGUAGUGAUGUCUAUGGUGUUUCUGAGUGGGACCCUAUCCUUGUAGAGUUACAAGAGAUGGGUUUCCGUGACGAAGAGAUGAAUAAGAGGUUGCUUAAGAAAAACAAUGGAAGCAUAAAGCGUGUUGUUAUGGAUUUAAUCCAAGGAGAGUAGUUUUUGUUGAAAUGUGGGUUAAUAGUUAAUGUAAAGUUGGCGACUUGUGCUCCUAGGGUGCUUGACAUCUGCCAGGUAGACAUAAUUAUAUCUUAUUUCGUAUCUAUCCCCUAUCUUUGUGUUGUGGUGAUAUUGCCAUCACAAUCCAGUGUCGGAUUCAAGUAUGUUUGAACUUCUAUGCUUUCGUAUGUAAUUAAUUAUAUUGCCACCCUCAGCAGUUUUUAAGCCUUGUUAUUUUUCUCAGAAACUAGUUUUAAUAACAUUUGUCAUUAGCAAUGAUUUUUGCUACAUUUGCCUAGGUAUGACUGAAAGAUGUAACGGGAUACUUAAAAGAUGUAGCAAAAAAAGUGAAAUGGAUGGUAAGAUCAUUGGUUUA